AUGAGAAACUUCCAAGCGAUGUCGCUUCGUGAUGUGGGUCGUGGAUUAAAAGUAAUCAAAUACAAGCCCUUGAUGAUUGUCUUCGAAAGCCAUAAGCCGUGUACGAAUUCGCCGCACUUCCAGUCUGUCAUACCUAUCACUCGGACACGCCGGCCACGGCCAACUAGGACUCUGCUGCCCGAAUUGUGCGACUAUCAACUGUCAAGUUCGGAUAGCAUCUCGACCAAAAGGAAGUACACAGGCGAGUCGCAGAGUUUGCCUUGUUACAGAGAUGUUUGCUCAAGUCUGCUGUUCUUAAUUCGUAACAUUCACCAGAAGCACAUCCAUGACAAAUCGAACAACUAUACAAUAACAAUAACGUCUCUAAACAUGAAAAGCGCCGUAAUCAUUGUCGCCGUGGUACUCACCCAAACGUCAUUGGCCGCCUUUUGUGCAGCGUCCGCAUAUCUUGGGGCAGGACGACCUGGUAGCUGUACCGGACAAAAUCUGGGCCAUGGGAAUUCGUCUCGACCAGGGGUUAGCGAGUGCUUCGAGGCAAUCAAUGGUGCUUGUGGGCUGGUAACAGAUCGAACAACUGGGGGAGGUUGUAAUUGCACUAUCAAUUUCUUCUCUGGAGGGGAUUGCAAUCGCACUUCCGUGGGGUCUUUGCGCUGUAACAGGGUUGGUGCAUCACUGCAAGUCAACUUUGAUCACUUCAAUAUUCGCUGCCCCAGGGAUUGA